UUUCGGAGCUGACCCUCCACGCGGAGUGCGGGCGAACGUGCUGAGACCGCCGGGCCGGGAGGGCGGAGACUGAGCGGGGAGGGAGAAGCCCGUUUAGCCUGCCCUACGGAAGCCUGCGAGGGAGAGUAGUGUCCACUGCCCCGUUUGCUGUCGCGAUGCCCAGUGCCAACGCCAGCCGCAAGAGUCAGGAGAAGCCGCGGGAGAUCAUGGACGCGGCGGAAGAUUAUGCUAAAGAGAGAUAUGGAAUAUGUUCAAUGAUACAGUCACAAGAAAAACCAGAUCGAGUUUUGGUUUGGGUUAAAGACUUGACAGUACAAAAAGCUGAUGAAGUUGUUUGGGUCCGUGGGAGAGUUCACACAAGCAGAGCUAAAGGAAAGCAGUGCUUCUUAGUCCUACGUCAGCAGCAGUUUAACGUCCAGGCUCUUGUGGCAGUGGGAGACCAUGCAAGCAAGCAGAUGGUUAAAUUCGCUGCCAACAUCAACAAAGAGAGCAUCGUAGAUGUGGAAGGCGUUGUGAGAAAAGUGAAUCAGAAAAUUGGAAGCUGUACACAACAAGAUGUUGAGUUACAUGUUCAGAAGAUUUAUGUGAUCAGUUUGGCUGAACCCCGCCUGCCCCUGCAGCUGGAUGAUGCCAUUCGGCCUGAGAUAGAAGGAGAAGAGGAGGGAAGAGCUACUGUUAACCAAGAUACAAGACUAGACAACAGAGUCAUUGAUCUUAGGACAUCAACUAGUCAGGCAGUCUUCCGUCUCCAAUCUGGAAUCUGCCAUCUCUUCCGAGAAACUUUAAUUAACAAAGGUUUUGUGGAAAUCCAGACUCCUAAAAUUAUUUCAGCUGCCAGUGAAGGAGGAGCCAAUGUGUUUACUGUGUCAUAUUUUAAAAAUAAUGCAUACCUGGCCCAGUCCCCACAGCUGUACAAGCAAAUGUGCAUCUGUGCUGAUUUUGAGAAGGUUUUCUGUAUUGGACCAGUGUUCAGAGCUGAAGAUUCAAAUACUCACAGACAUCUUACUGAAUUUGUUGGUUUGGACAUUGAAAUGGCUUUUAAUUACCAUUAUCAUGAAGUUAUGGAAGAAAUUGCUGAUACUUUGGUGCAGAUAUUCAAAGGACUUCAAGAAAGGUUCCAGACUGAAAUCCAAAUGGUGAAUAAACAAUUCCCCUGUGAGCCAUUCAAAUUUUUGGAGCCAACUUUAAGACUAGAGUAUUGUGAAGCAUUGGCUAUGCUUAGAGAAGCUGGAGUUGAAAUGGGAGAUGAAGACGAUCUGAGCACGCCAAAUGAAAAACUGUUGGGUCGUUUGGUAAAGGAGAAGUAUGAUACGGAUUUUUAUAUUCUUGAUAAGUAUCCAUUGGCUGUAAGACCUUUUUAUACAAUGCCUGACCCAAGAAACCCUAAACAGUCGAACUCUUACGAUAUGUUCAUGAGAGGAGAAGAAAUAUUAUCAGGAGCCCAAAGAAUACAUGAUCCUCAGCUGCUGACAGAGAGAGCCUUGCAUCAUGGAAUUGAUUUGGAGAAAAUUAAGGCUUACAUUGAUUCCUUUCGCUUUGGAGCCCCUCCUCAUGCUGGUGGAGGCAUUGUAUUUACAGGAGUUGAUAAUGGAAUGAACCAAGGCCUUCAGCAACCCGGCGGUCAACCAAAUGCUGCUACAGAGAUAUACUUGGCUUCCCACCCAGGAGACAGAGGCUUGAGACAUCGCCCCGUGCCUGCAAAGAGUACCUCGUUGCCCCAUAUCAAUGGAAAGUAGCUCUAAAGACAGAGCAUCGUCCCUCUACCCCUCCUGGAAUUAAUGUAAUCCCAUACAACUGCUGCUUUAAUAAAACAAAAGGGGGGAAUGUUAGUAAAAUGGCACAGUCUUGUCUAUGGCACAAUCUAUGCCCUGACACCAUCCUAGGCUCUAGCCCCUACCACCAUUGCUGGAAGCCAGGUGGCCACAUGGCCCAACCACCGGUGUCAGUCCCACCCCCAUCCUAAUGGGAUUUGUUGCUCUUAUUCCCUGCUUGCCCCCCACCCCCGGCAAAGUUUUAAAAGGACGUGUUCCUGAACACGUGUUUCUCUUUCUCUCCAUCUGCUGACCUCUGUCUCUUUCUCUCUUACGCUGUCCUUCUCCCUCUUUUCCUUCUUCGCCCCAUCCCUCUAGUCUGUCGGGUUUCCCCCAAUAAACUCUUUCCCUUAAAAAAAAAUUAUUUAUUUGAAAGAGUUACACAGAGAGAGGAGGAGAGGCAGAGAGAUAGAAAGGUCUCCCAUUCCUCUGGUUCACACCCCAAAUGACCGCAGCAGCCAGAGCUGAGCUGAUCAGGAGCCAGGAGCUUCCUCCAGGUCUCCCAUGUGAGCGCAGAGGUCCAAGGAGUUGGUGAUCUUUUAGUGCUUUCCCAGGCCAUAGCAGAGAGCUGGAUUGGAAGAGGAGCAGCCAGGACUCAAACCAGCACCCACAGGGGAUGCUGGCGCUGCAGGCUGCAGCUUUAACCUGCUGAGCCACAGCGCUGGCCCCUCCAUCUGUUCUUGAAGUUCUAUUUGGAUAAAUAUUGGGCCUGCCAACUAUUCUCAUAUUUUUAUCUUGGUGCUUGUUCUGGAAGAGUUCCUCAGUACUAUCUUCUGAUAUAUUUCUUUUUCAAAUAUGCAUUCUCUAAAAUUAAUACCAAUUGUUAUAUCUUUUAAUUUUUUUGUCUUUAAAGAUUUAUUUAUUUAUUUGAAAAGCAAUUAGAGAGGAGAGACAGAAAGAGAGAGAGAUCUCCCAUCUGCUGAUUCACUCCCCAAAUGGCCACAAUGUCUGGGGAUGGACCAGGUAGAAGCCAGGAGCCAGGGUCUCCCAGAUUGGGGGUGGGGGGGCCCAAGGACCUGGGCCGUCUUAUGCUGUUUUCCCAGGCCUUCAGUAUGCAACUGGAUCCAAAGCAAAGCAGCAGGGACUCAAAAUGGCACAACCUGCUGUGCCACAACAUUGGCCCAAUUUUUUAAUUUUAAUGAUUAUAUUCUUCAUUUCUAAUCUAAUCAGUUCUUGUCUAAUUUAUGCCUGUUUUCAUAUAUUCUUUGGUGGCAGUUAGGCCAUCAUUUAUAUCUAUUCAUAAACUCUUUAUCAGAUCAGACUCUUCUAUAAAAUGUUUGCCUAUAUCUUACCUCUUGUCUGUUCUUGCUGUGUGUUCAUGUAGAAGGGAUUAUCACACAUAAACUCAAUGGGCAUUUUGAGGUAGAUGGUUAUAGUAUGAAAGAAAAAAAUACCACUUAAACAGGUAGAUGCUGUCUCCCACUGUAGUAGUUGUGUAAUUGAAAUUUGCAGUCACUGGGAGUAGCAGGCUCUAUAGGAAGUUUUUUUCUUCAGCUGUUGCAUAGAUCAGCAAAGGGAUCCACUAGGUUAAAGUCAAUCCCAGUAUCCUACAUGGGUAGCAGGGACCCAAUUACUUGAGCCAUCACUGUUGCCUCCAAAAGUAUGGAGGCAUUAGCAAGAAACGAAUGAAGAGUAAAGCCAGGGUUCAAACCCAGGCGCUCUGAAAUGGGAUGCAGUGUCCUAGCCAGUGUCUUAAAUGCUAGGCCAAAUGCCCACGCCCGUAGUUUUCUCUAAUACACAUUUUCCAUGAACUUUUUGAAGUACCUCACAUGUGUAUUAGUCUUAUGAUAGAAUGUUAAUUGGCCACUGAAAAGCACUGCAGACCAUCCUUGGUUUGCACCGUGUGAGACCUAAAAAUGACCAUGCAGACCAAAAUCAUGUGAAGAGUAUUAAUAUUCAAAGAGUAAAGUAUGAUCGUUCUAUGAUCUUGAAAAUUUUUGUUAAACAUUAAAAGCUUUCUGUUAUAAAAUUAGAAAAUUUUAAAAAAUAAAACUAAUAUUUAGUACACUAUAAUUUAAAACAUAAAUAUUGAAAGUUAAAGUGAUUUGUUCCUUUGUAAAAAUAAUUAUCAAGUGGUGUAGAAGGUAAAGCCGCUACCUGCAGUGCCGGCAUCCCAUAUGGGCACCGGUUCAAGUUCCUGCUGCUCCACUUCUGAUCCAGCUCUCUGCUGUGGCCUGGGAAAGCAGUAGAAGAUGGCCCAAGUCCUUAGGCCCCUGCACCCAUGUGGGAGACUGGAGGAAACUCCUGGCUCCCUGGCUUCAGAUUCGGCACAGCUCUGGCCAUUGCAGCCUCUUGGGGAGUGAACCAGCGGUUGGAAGACCUCUCUCUCUCUCUCUGCCUCUCCUCUUUGUAACUCUGGCUUUCAAAUUAAUAAAUAAACCUUUGAAAAAUAAGUUUCAAGACCAAUUUGAACAGCACUUCCCUUCUUGUGUACAUUUCAAUACUGAGUGACUAUCUCUUCUAUGCUUUGGUGAAUUGCCAUCCUCCAUCCUAAAUUCAUAUCAGUUUCCAACAUUUUAUCCUUUGUACUUUGAAUACCAUGAAAUAUCUCUGAAAGUGCUUUUUUGUAAGAUUUAUUUAUUAAUUUGAAAAAGCAGAGCAAGCAAGAGAGAUCCUCCAUCCACUGGUUUACUCCCCAAAUGACUACAACAGCCAGAUGUGGGCCAGGCUAGAGCCAGACACUCCAUUCAGGUGUUCCAUGUGGGUAGCAGGGACCCAAGCACUUGGGCUGUCUUCUGCUGCCUUCCCAAGCACAUGAUCUGGAUCAGAAACAGAGCAGCCAGGACUCUUAACACCUACAUAGGAUGCCAGAAUCAUAAGCAACAACCUAAGCUCCUGCGCAACAAUGCUGAGUGUGUUUUUAAUGUCGUUUUUUUCUGUUGUCACUUCUGAGGCAGCUUCAUACUUGGUAUAACAACUGCUUUUCUGGGGCUGGCACUGUGGUGCAGUGGGUUAAAACCCUGGCCUGAAGCGCUGGCAUCCCACAUGGGUGCCAGUUCUAGUCCCAGCUCCUCCUCUUCAAGUCCAGCUCUCUGCUAUGGCCUGGGAAAGCAGUAGAAGAUGGCUCAAGUCCUUGGGCCCCUGCACCUACAUGGGAGACCCAGAAGAAGUUCCUGGCUCCUGGCUUCGGAUUGGCACAGCUCCAGCCAUUGCGGCCAUCUCGGGAGUGAACCAGCGGAUGGAAGCCCUCUCUGUGUCUCUGCCUCUCUGUAACUCUGUCUUUCAAAUAAAUUUAAAAAAAAAAAAAAAAAACCACUUUAUUAAGUUUAUCUUCACCAUUUUCCUGUAGGUCAUAUUUGCAGUUUCUCAGAAGUUGGCACUGUCAACACUUAACAGUUCGCUGUUUCUUCCGUAAUUCCCUUUUUUUAAAAUUUAUUUUAUUUAUUUGAAAGGCAAAGUUACAGAGAGAUGGAGAGGGAGAGAGAGCCUCGACCUGCUGGUUCGCUCCCUGAAUGUCCAGAACAGCUGAGGCUGGGCCAGGCUGAAUCCGGAAGCCUGGAGCUUCUGGGUCUCCCACAAGGGUUCAGGGACCAAGGACUUGAGCCAUCUUCAGCUGUCUGCAGGUGCGUUAGCAGGGAGCUGGAUAGAAGUAGAGCAUCUAGGACAUGAACCGGCAUCCGUAUGGGAUGCCUACACUGCAGGCAGCAGCUUAACCCACUACGCCACAGCUCCAGCCUCCAUAACUCUCUUUACAUUUGAUUAAAAUUUCACUUUAUUCCUGGAGUUACUAUUUAAAAAAAAAUUUUUUUAAGUUUUUAUUUAUUUGAACAAAAAGAUCUUCCAGCUGCUUUUUUACUCCCUAGAUGUCCUCAACAGCCAGGGCUGGGAUACACUCAAGCCAGGAGCCUAGAACUAAAUCUGGAUCUCCCAUAUGGGUGGCAGAUAUCCAAGUACUUGACCCAUAACCUGCUGCUUCCUAGGGUAUGCGUUAACAAGAAGCUGGAAUGGAGAGCAGAACCAGACUCAAACCCAAGCACUUCUUGUGGGGAGCAGCUCGGACUAGACUAAGUUACUGGAAUUAAGACUUAUUCUAUGCAUCUGCUCUCCUCUGUGGGGAGCAGCUCGGACUAGACUAAGUUACUGGAAUUAAGACUUAUUCUAUGCAUCUGCUCUCCCACAAUAUGGCGCUGGGAGAGGAGGCAACAGCUUCUACCCAGCUGCCUCUCACCAACUUGACAAGCUGCAGGACCUGUUCCUGAUUGAAGGAGAGCAGCGUACUCGGCGUGUGGGCAGCCGAGUUGGGAUUGGCGGAGGAGGACUAUAAAGGAGGAGAGAGACGGCAUGCACGGGGGAACAUCUAUGGGGAACAUCUGAAGGAACACCUGUGCAGCCCCCAAGAAGAGCCGGCCGGCGGUGUGCCGCUCCCCUGCGGAAGUGGGGAAUGCGGCCAGGGGGAACUGCCCUUCCACGGAGGUGGAAGGGAUAGUAGCCAACCCGGGAAGAACCAGCAGCAAACCCGGGGAGGGCCGAGCAGACGAAAGAACAGCGCAGGGUCCUGUGUUGCUCCUCCACGAAGAGGGGGAGCGACAUAAUGGUGCCGUGACUCGGAUAGGAAACCUAGCUCGGAUAGGAAACUUAGGACGGAUAUGAAACUUAGGAGGGAAGAAACGGGAAGAACUGGGAAAUUACCGGAGAGAGAGACUAGCAAAUAGCCUAGGGAAAAGCCGGACGAAAAAGGAGCCGGAAGAAGCUAUUGAAAGCCUAGGCAUAGACUCGGAUACGGACUACGGGGGGAAGCUGGGAGAAAUCUCUAAGGUCGAAAGCGAAAGUGAAAGCUAGAACAAACAGACUUGGAUACGGACUGUGGGGAGAGGCCAGGAGAAAUGAGGGAGGAAUAUCGUUGGAGGAAAGCUUGGGGAAACAUACCGGGUAGAGAAAACUGUUAGGGAAAUUGAAGCCGCGGGGGGCAGGCCAAGGCGGAAACGAAAGCCACUUUGGGGUUCUCAAGUUAGCCCGGGAAUAGGGGGCGAAAAGUUGAAACCAGAAGCUGAAACGUGAGCCAGAUUGGGAUCCGUCUGAUUAGCCCGGGGAGCAAAGGACGGGAAGCCAAAUCGUGGGGCGGAGACGUACGCUGGGUUGAAUUCGCCAGGCUAGCCCGGGGAACUUGGAUUGAAUGCUAGUGGUGGAGACGCAAGCUACGCUGUGUUACUCGCGGAAGCCGCCGCGUGCAGAGAGAGCACGGGGCGUGAGUAGAUAGGGAACGGGGCUGGCGUAGGCCGUGGUUCAGACGCGAAAGGGUUAAGCGUGGAGACCGCGGACCGCGCAAAGCCGGGAAGCCGCGCAGAUGAGGCGCGGGCUGAAGCGGCUCAGAGCCGGCGAGGCGCGGAGAAGCAGCCUCGGGGCGAGGCGCCGGGAAGCUGCGCGGAGCCGUGAGGCUGCCGGCAGGGCGAGGCGCCGGGAAGCCGCGGGGAUAAGAGAAAACAGAAGUUUAGAAAUGGAAUGAGAGCGGGAAGCUGCGGGGAUAAGAGAAACAGAAGUUUGGAAGUGGAGUGAGAGAAAUGGGAAUGUUGGCAGAUAGAAGUAAAAUGGGAGAGAUAGGAAUGCCCGGAGAUAGAGAAAUAGAGAAAAAUAAGGCCUCCCCUCAACAUGCCAAUUAAGCGCCAGUAAAGCUCGACCAGAGUAUGAGCUGCAGGUCACCGAAGAUAGGCACGAACCAACACUAAUAAGUCUCCCCCACAAUACGGCAAUGAGAAGGCUUGGAUUCGGUUUGCCUGAUAGAGCUUGUAAGCCCCUGCGGGCAGAGCAAAGCAUGCGCUGCAGGGCACCGAACACAGGCACGCAUCAGCGCCUAAAAACCUCCUCACAACAUGGCGAAGAGAGGACCCGGAUUCGGUUUGCCUGAUGGAUAGGACUUGUAAGAGCCUGUGGCAACUCUAGCAAGUAGAGCAGAGUGUGUGCUGCGGGACACCGAAGACAGGCGCGUAUCAACGCCAAAAAAAUAAAAAGAAAGGGGGAUCUGUGGGGAGCAGCUCGGACUAGACUAAGUUACUGGAAUUAAGACUUAUUCUAUGCAUCUGCUCUCCUCUGUGGGGAGCAGCUCGGACUAGACUAAGUUACUGGAAUUAAGACUUAUUCUAUGCAUCUGCUCUCCCACAAUAUGGCGCUGGGAGAGGAGGCAACAGCUUCUACCCAGCUGCCUCUCACCAACUUGACAAGCUGCAGGACCUGUUCCUGAUUGAAGGAGAGCAGCGUACUCGGCGUGUGGGCAGCCGAGUUGGGAUUGGCGGAGGAGGACUAUAAAGGAGGAGAGAGACGGCAUGCACGGGGGAACAUCUAUGGGGAACAUCUGAAGGAACACCUGUGCAGCCCCCAAGAAGAGCCGGCCGGCGGUGUGCCGCUCCCCUGCGGAAGUGGGGAAUGCGGCCAGGGGGAACUGCCCUUCCACGGAGGUGGAAGGGAUAGUAGCCAACCCGGGAAGAACCAGCAGCAAACCCGGGGAGGGCCGAGCAGACGAAAAGAACAGCGCAGGGUCCUGUGUCGUUCCUCCACGAAGAGGGGGAGCGACACUUCUAUUGGGAUAUAGGCAUCCCAAGCAGCAUCCUAGGACUUCAAAUACCUGCCUCACUUUCUGUUUCUUUGCUAUCCUGACUUUUGUUUUAUUUUAUUUAUUUGAAAGGCAGAUAGAUCUUCCAUCCACUGUCUUAACACCCUAAAUGACUACAAUAGCUAGGGCUGGCCCAGGCUGAAGCCAGAAGCCAGGAACUCUGAGUCUCCCAUAUGGGUGACAGAAAGCCAACUUAGGCCUUUAUCCACCACCUCUCGGGCAUAUUUACAGAAAUCUGUAUCAGAAGCAUAGAGUAAUUGGGACAUGAGCCAGGCACUAUGAUACGGCAUGGUGGGCAUCCCAACUUGUACCUUAACUGUGUCUUCCUCUGCAGUGUUAUCUUUGUUAGUCAGUUCCCUCUUUUGAUUACCUAUUUUGUAAAAUAUUGCAUGGGGUCCUCACUGAGAAGCAGAGAUGACACACCUACACACUUUGCUGUCUGUAUGGGUACUGAAUAUAUGCAGGAACCACUCAAAUUUGAAAGAAGUGACAAGGUUGUUCACCAAUCAUGGUAUACAUUGUUAUUCAUGGAGUGAUUUGAGACCUAAGAAGAUGUGAAAUUUGUAUAAUAGACCAUGGUAGCUGAUACUCAAACCAUGUUGGGGACCAGUAUUGUUUAAAAUUUGGUAACUGAAAAUUUUAUAUUUCAAAACCACACAACUAUGUUAUAUGUAUGUUCACUGCAAUUGAAAGCUCUUCCUGCAAGCUAGACAUUAUCCAUGUGUCCCUUCUUCCCCACUCACUGCCCUUUUCCACUCAGCUGUGUGCCUUGGGAGGCAAUCUCUAAGGACUAUAUAACCAGGUACCCGUUCCAAUACUUAAUUGGGUUUGGUCUUUGUAAGGCACCAACAGGAGAUAUGCUGGAGGAAAAAGAGCAAGGCCAAGGUAUUUAGUUUUCUUUGCUGGACCUAGUUUUGGCCAUGGCUGCUUCCCUUUCCUCAAGGCCACAGCUUCCACUGAGCAGCAGAUCACAACUUCUUCGAUACAACCACAGCUGCUUCUUGGCCAUCAGUUGCUGGCUCUGAGGGGCUUCACCAUCCCUUCUGAUUUCUUUAAAGCUCCCAGAUCUUUGUUUAAGGCCUCUUCACAAAACUCUCUUCAAGGAUACUCCUUUUGAGUGUGCCAUAGUUUCUUACCAGGACCCUGAUCAAAAUACCAUGUCACACUGUUUAUGGAAAAUUAUAUGUACAAAUCCAACUAGCAUAUGCACUUAGAGGUCUGAAGUGAUAUAAACAAUAACAGUUUUAACCAUUUGCCUUUUUCUCAUCUAAUUUUAAAAAUAGGUACAUUACAUAUACUCAUAGAUUAUUUGGGCUUCAAAAUACAUUUUUUUCAUUUAAAUCUAUUAUAGAAAUUUACAAGUUAACCAUUCUACUUUUAACAUAUUUGGUCAGAUACAUCUUUAUAUAAAUGUUCUUAUAAAUUAUUCUAACAAAGAAGGUUUAUAAUCCAGCAACUCCCAUUAAAUAUAACUGAAUGGAGACAAGUGUUUGGAAUUAAAUGAGAUCAGUUGUCUUCUUUCUUAAGUAACACAGAACCUGCUUUGUCUCAACAUACUGCUGCCUCUGGGCUGUUCCUGGAUCCAAUUUGGGAGAACUAACAUUUCUUUGUACAGAAAAUAGUUGACACCCAUAUACAGCUUUUAAUACUGCUAACGUGAUUGGCCAUGGUCUUCACACAUCCAACUUAGUAUUUCCUUCAGAAUCAGACCAAAUUGUGAAAAGCAUUAAAAUGCCAGUUGUUUAAUUAUUUUGUGUUCUUACUGCUGUCACCAGUAUAUUUAAAAAAGCAAGGCAACAUCGUGGUGCUGAAUGUGCAAAGGUACUUCCAAAAGUUCUUGGAAAAUGGAAUUAAAAGAUGUUUCUUUUGGUGCA